UUCCUUUAUUUUAUCCUCCAACUCCAAUUCUCUUUUACUUUUUUUAUUUUGUAAAUCAUGGAGUUUUUGUUUUAAUUUCUCAUUUUCUGAGAGUAAUAUGUUACCAGCCUCUGCCGCUAAUGUCAAAGAUGUUUCCAAGUCUUCAUUAGCACUUAGAUUGUAAAUUUUUUCCUGCAGUUUGUCCAUUUCUUCUGCCACAGAGACGCUGUCGUCCUCAGAUUGGCAGUGUGAACAGAUCCACGUUGAUAUUUCACCUUUAUAUAAUUUAUUAUAAUCUAUAUUGGACAUCUGUACACAUUUUACAUGGUACCAUGUCUGGCAAGCUCCCUUACAAAGUACAGCCUUGGUUUUAGCACCUAUUCCACAUUUACCACAGGGGAAUUUCGUCAUUUUAAAUUUAUUUUCUUCUCAAUAGUUACAGACAAACAGAUAAUUAAUCAAACAGUUAUUGUGGGUUCAACAUGUAUAUCUACAAAUCGCUCAAUUUCCCAUACAGAAACAGUUCAGUCUGAUAUUUUGUCAAUAUCACAGCAAAAGUCCAAUGUAAACAAGCAGCAGACUACUAACUGUGUGACAGCUGAGUAAACAAACAGACUGCAGGUGGUCAGAGUUCAGUACAAGCAAGAUGUCAGUCUGCCUGUAUCCUAGUGUACUAUCUUGUAGUGACUUGCUUGUAACCACAAUGUUCAGUACACUGUCCACUUCCUGUUUAAAUGGUUUUAAUUAGAAUGCUUUUCAGUUAAAUUAAAUAUAAAAGCAGUUGAAGUGAGACAAAAUAAUCGCUAUCACUUCUAAUUACACCUUCAAUUCAGUGAUUUUAAGGCUCAUAGGAGACAGCUCAGACAUGGAAAAAAAAUAGUGCUCUGGUUUGUAGCAAUUCUAACCGAGGAGAAUAUAUUUGAGGUGGUGAAUGUGGUGGACCUGCUGGGCGUGGCUAGCCUGCACUCGGCAUGCUGUGUGUUCCUGCAGCGUGCGCUUACUGUGCACAACUGUAUCAGUGUCUACGUGGUGUGUCGUCUGCAUGGCUACGCAGACAUGGCACAACGCGCGGUCAAGUUGGCCCGUAGACACUUCCACCACCUCAUGGAGCUAGACGAAUUCCUUGACAUGCCUGUAGAGAUGUUGCAAGCCUGUCUUGAGGGCAAAGUGCUCAAUAUAUACAGCGAAAACUCCUUGCUCAAGAGGGUAUGUGCCUGGGUGAAGCACGAUGUGGAGCAGAGAGGCCGUCACCUACAAGGGCUCCUAGAUAACAUCAACCUGUACACACUGGACCUAGGGAUGGCAGAGAGUUCAUUGUAUCAGCUGCCCUCGUUGGAGGCACAGGCCUACAAGUGGAUGGAGCGAGCACGACACGUGCGGGAGCGUCCUGUUACGCUCAGCAGCCGUAAUAAAACUCGCUACAACAAGGAACAACAGGUGGUGCUUUCAUGUGGAGGCUUCACUGGAGGGCCUAUAGCCAAUGUUGAGGCUUUUACAAGUGGUGAUUCUUUGUGGCGGUGUAUGGUGCCAUCCCCCGGACAGACCCACGGGUUCAGAGUGCUGCCACCUCUCAAGCAGGCUCGGAUCUAUGCUGCCACUACAUAUACCGAUGAUUAUGUCUACGUUAUUGGUGGAAGAAAUGACGGUGGUCCCCUCUCAUCUGUGGAGAGAUACUCAGUGGAGGCUAACGAAUGGGACGAGUGUGUGUCGCUCCCGGAGCCACUAGAGGGCGCAGCCGCCACUGUCGCCAACAACAGCGUCUAUGUCACUGGUGGUUUCAACACCUCCGGCGGAGUCACAAAUAAAGCCUGGGUGCUAGAGCCUGGUUUCAAGUCGUGGAGAUCACUACCUCCGAUGUCACACAACCGCAGUCACCACGGCCUGCUGGCAGCCCAUGGAUACGUAUAUGCUAUUGCAGGCGCUGGCGCAGAUGGGGGAGUACAGGCGACUGUAGAGCGCAUGUCCACACACACCCAGCACUGGGAGCCGCUGUCGCCACUGCAGGAACCGAGGUCUCACUGCGCCUGUGUGACUGUCGACACCCGCCUGUACGUAGUGGGCGGGCUGGAUGCGGAAGGACAGGCUUUACUCUCAGUCCAAAUGUACGACACGUUGCAACAUGAGUGGUCGGCAGAGACACCGCUCCCCGUUGGACGCCACAGCCACGGAGCGACAGUGGCCGACGGUAGGAUCUACGUCGCGGCAGGGAGUGACGGAGUCCACCAGCUGGCGACGUGUGAUAUCUACAACCCGAACACACGACGCUGGCACUGCAAGCCUAGCCUGGCACGAUCUCGAGUAGGUCAGGCCAUGGCUACCAUUACACUACCCGUCAGCCCUCCCGCGUUACCCUAGAAACAUCUGUUGAAAAUAUUAGAAGACUCAUUAAAGAUAUAGAUUUAAACACCAAACAGUUAAUUUAUUGUAAUUGGAGUGUCUGGGAUUAUGUGAUUAUACUCAAGACUACUUUUUCGCAAUUACUGUAUUAUAAUAUGAGCAUUUGUAAAAUGUUGUGUGGCAACUAUAGUCAACAUUCAAUAUUCAAUCUCAAAUAGUGAAGAGGAUCAAUAUGAAAAUAAGUUGUUGUCAAUUUGGUUACUUAACUUGUAGUUUUAUAUUUAAAUUUAAGCUUUCAAAGCCAUGUUGUAUUAAAAAGAAAGGUCUGUGGAGAUUCAGAUUAGAGCAGGCCAUAAAGAUUUUCAAAUCAAAAAGUUAUAAAGGAGUAUCAUAGUGGCAUUUAGAAAGCAUUUUGUGUGUGUGUGCAUAUAGGUAAAUUAUUUACAGCUUUUGUGAUCAAAAGUAACUUAGCAAUUUUGAUCUUUUUGGUUUUCUUUAUCUCCAGGACCAGAUUUGAUGUCAAAACAUCAUUAUCAAUCAGGUUUUAGAAAGGUAUAAAUGAAUGAUCUUUUCUGCAGGGUCGUUAACAGUGUUAAAAUAAGACACAGAUACAUACACAAAUAUAUAAUACAUCAAAAUUUGAAACUGGAUAUUAAUUGGUUGGCCAACCAUACCUAACCUAAAUAACAGGAUGUCUUAUAAUAAAGUAAGUUACAUGUACAUGUACAGUGGCUAUAAACAUACACAGAUGUUCUUGAUCGUGACAACAAAGUAAACUGUACAUCGGCGUU